CCCAAGAUGCUGGCACUAAUAAACCAGCUUUUAGACUGGUUCAAGUCUUUAUUUUGGAAGGAAGAGAUGGAGCUGACCCUGGUCGGCCUCCAGUAUUCGGGAAAAACGACGUUCGUCAACGUAAUUGCCUCUGACGAAACCCAAAUUGGAGUGAUGGUUGAUGAGAUGAAGAGGCUGCUGAGGAAGCUGAUGUCCAAAUUUGUGCAAAUGGAUGUGAUCAGGAAAGCUGAGGAUAUCCUAGAUGUUGAUUACAGGAACAAGGAGAACUGGCAUGACACAGGCAACAUAGCAGUAUAACAUGAUGCCAGACAAUACA